AUGAAUAAAAACAAAAAAAAAGAAAAACUUAAAAGGAAAAAAAAACACACUAAUUCGAAUUUAAAUCUAUGCAAAGAGAUAAAUGAUAAUUUUACUAAACUUACAGACAAAUCACCAAACAAUAAAAAAGAAAUAUGUAAUAAUAACACUAACGAAUUAGGAACUAAUAAUAAUGAUAGCUCGAAAAAAAUAAUAAUCUCCAGUGCAUCCAAUCCGCAUACACCCGAAAAUGUUCAAUGCGUAAAUAAGGAAGGCGAAAAAAAAAAAGGCGGUAAAAAAAAAGACGAAAAAAAAAAAGGCGAUAAAAAAAAAGGCGAUAUAGUACAGAAUGGUGAUCAUGCUGACAAACAUGUUGAUGAACAGAAUGGUGAUCACGCUGACAAACAUGUUGAUGAACAGAAUGGGCAAAACAAUUUUGAAAUAAAAAGUGAUGAAAUUGCAGACAAAGGAAAAAGAAAUCAGCAUGAUGAUAUAUCACCGCCAGUUUUAAAAAAAAUCGAAAAUAAAAAAACGGAAUCGAAAGAGAAUUCUAAAGUUAGUAAAGACGAAAUAUAUAAUUUGGUCAAUCUAAAUAAUAUGGAAGAAAUUGAAAAAAAUAUUAAUUAUAUAUUUCCUUCUAUAAAUUUUGAUAAUAAUAGUAAUAGCAAUAAAUUAGAGUGUAUAGAAAAUGUAAAAAAUGAUGAUAAAAAAUUUGAAGAUGAAAUAAAUAAAGAAAUAAAGAAAUUUCAAAAAGAUAUUAAGGAUGUUUAUUUUUAUCACAACAAUUUGAAAAAAGGAAUGAAAAAAAAUAAAUGUGUAAAUUAUGAAAAUAAUAUGAACCAUUUAAAUUCUACAUCUGAUAUAAAUUUAAAAAAUAUAAUUUUAGAAAAUGAAUUUGUUAAUUUUUCAGAAAUAUUAAUUAAGGGAAAUAAUUUUCUUAAUCUUAAAAAAAAAAUUAUAAAGAAAAAAAAAAAACGAAAAAAAAAAAAAAAUAAAACUAAACUAAGAACACAAAAUUAUAAAUUAAUAAAAGAAUUAUGUUUAUCUUAUGAUGCAUACACAAAAGAAACAAUACAAAAACAACGAAAAAAUGAAAAAAAGGUGAGGAAAUAUUAUAUAUUUGAAUAUAGUUGUGGUAAUACAAAAAUACAAUCUAUUACCGGAUAUAUUAUAUGUUACAAGAGUUAUGAAUUUUAUAAAAAUGGCAUAAACGUUUUAAAGAUAAAACCAAAAGAGGGAAAUAUUUUUGGAAAAGAGGGAAAUAUAUUUGGAAAAGAGGGAAAUAUUUUUGGAAAGGAUGGAAAUAUUUUUGGAAAGGAUGGAAAUAUAUUUGGAAAGGAUGGAAAUAUUUUUGGAAAAGAUAAAAAUGAAAAAAAUAUUUCAGUUCUACUAUGUGUUAAUGUUUCAAAUUGUAUAUCCCCUUCCGGUUUUUUAGAACUUUUAUAUCCUUGUGAUAAUUUUAUAUUUUUUUUAAAGGUUUUAAAUAAAAAAAAUAGUGAAGAAUAUAUGAUAUAUUUCUUAACAUUUAAUAUUUAUACUAAAAAAAUUCUGAACAAAGCUAAAAAAAUUUCAUUUUUUAAUAUGAAAAAAAAAAAAAAAUUAAAAAUAUAUAUUGUUAAAGGGAUUACAAUGAAUGUAACUUCUUGUAUUACCAGAAACACUAAUUCCGAUUCUUAUGUUAAAACGAAAAAAUUUUAUAAUAUCGAUUUGGAAAAAAAAACAAUGUGUGCAAAUGAUGAUAAUGAUAAUGAUAAUGAUGAUAAUAUUGAAAAUUUACAGUUAAUAUCUAAUACUAAUUUGAUUAGCCCAUUUUAUCUUAUAUCACAAAACAAAUUCCAAUUAUCAUGUGCUGUAUGUCUAGAACCUUUAUAUUCAGUAAAUUUAAACAAAAUUAUUUCUCACAUUUUUAAUUUUAGUUUCAAAAAAAAAUAUUCUUCAAAAAAUAAAUAUAAUAAAGAAGAAAACAAGCUUCAAACAUAUCCAUCAAAAUAUUAUUAUAAAAAUCUUAAUUUAUUAAAUAAUUAUAAUAUGAAUAAAUAUGCAUAUCACUUAUCUGUUACCAAUCUUAUAAAUAAUUUGCAAAAUAAAUAUAAUAACGAAAUGAAAAAAGAAAGGGAAAAAAAUGAUAAAAAUAGAUCCAAAAUUUUUAAUAAUAUUCCUAUAAAUAUAUUAUGUAGUCAUAUAUUUCAUUCUAGCUGUUUAAAAAAAUGUUGUUUCACAUCCUGCCCAAUAUGUAGAUAUAAACAAUAUAAUUAUGAAAUAGCUAAUUGUGAUAUUUGUAAAAAAAAUUAUAAUUCCAAAAUAUGUUUAUCUUGUGGUUUUAUUGGAUGUUCUUUUAAUUAUGAUAAAAUUGUUAAAAUCAAGAAAAAAAAAAUUAAAGAAAAAAAAUAUCUUUUAAAAAAAAAAAAAAAUAUAAUAAAAAAAAUAUCUUACAUUUUUAGAAAAUUAAUUAAUUCAUUUAUGCCAAUAUUUAAUACAAUCAUUUUAUCUUUAUAUUAUAAAAGUAAAAUAAAAUGUGUAUAUAAAAUUCGAACUAAACAAAUAUAUAUUCCUAAAAAAAAAAAAAAAAAAUAUAUUUCCACCAAUUAUAAUCAUCAAACUAACUAUAUCACAUAUUAUUCUGAUAAUCAUAAUAAAAAUAAAAAAAUAAUUAAUUAUAAAUAUCCAAAUCCUCAAAAUAAUAAUGACACACAAAAUGAAAAAACAACAAAUAAUAAUUUAUCACUAUUUUCAAAUAACGACAAUAUAUAUAUAAAUGAUUUAAAAAAAUUUUAUAAAUAUAUUUAUAUAGGAAAAUCAGCUAACAAAAAAAAAAAUGUAUCAUAUUAUUUUUCUCAAAAUAUAAAUAAAUGCAUUAUUAAGAAGGAUGCUAAAAAAAAAAAAAAUGAUAAUAAAUGCAAAUUGCAAAAUAAGUUCGGUAGUACUAAUGCACAGGAAAAUAAUGAAACGGAACUAAAGAAGGGAAUGAGAAACGAAAUGGGAAAAGAAAUGAGAAACGAAAUGGGAAAAGAAAUGGGAAACGAAAUGGGAAAAGAAAUGGGAAAAGAGGCGGCGAACGAAAUGCGAAACAGCGCCACCAAUGUAGUUGUAGAGAAGUAUACAAAAUGUUCAUUAAAAAAAAAAAAAAAAAAAAUCAAAGAUCAUGCAAAAAUUCACUUUUAUAAGACACAACAUAAUUAUUUUUUUGAUGUUAGAAAAAAUUCAAUUUAUGAUUAUAGUAGUGAUAUAUAUAUAAAAAAAUUAAUAAAUUUAAAAAUUCAAAAUAAAAAAUUCAAAAAUAUAUAUAAUACAGGGAAUAUAUAUACAAAUGGAAAUAAUUCAAACCCCAAUAAAGAAAUUAUAAAUAAAAAAAAUAUUAUUUUAUAUAUAUAUGAUUUUAACCAAUUAUUAAAUGCUUUAUUAGAAAGUCAAAGAAACAGUUUUUUAUCAUGUAUACAUGAUUUAAAAAUAAAUUAUGAAAAUAUUAACAUGGAUAAUUUAAAUGAUAUUAAUAAAUGUGUUAAGGAAAUAUAUAUUUUACAAGAAAAAAAUAAUAAUCUAAAAAAUGAAAUAAAAAAAAAAAUUAAUAUACUUAUAGAUAAAAUAAAAACAAAUAAUAAUUUAUCUCGGGAACUUAAAAAUGUGGAAACAAUCAAUGCGAAAUUAUCUGCAGAUCAAAGAAAACAGAUAUAUAAUUAUGAUUUAAAAAAUGAGCAAAAAAAAAAUAUGAUCAAAGAAAAACAGCAAAUAAUAAAAGAAUUAAAUAAGCAAAUAACCGAUUUGAAUUUCCAUAAGCUUGCGUCUUCAAAAUUUUCCCAAAAUUCAGAAAUAUCGAAUUCUUUUUUUAUGAUUGGGGAAAAGAUAACAAAUCAGACCAGAUUUAAAAAGCGAUAA